CAGCGCUCUGAUAGUAAACAAUCGGAACUUGGAAGGACAAAUGCAAAGCAAGAAGGAGACGUGCAUUUGUCAUAGAGUGUGCGAUGGCUACACACAGAACCAGUUUGCUGCUCCUCACGUCUGUGCCUGUUGUGAAGCAGAGGAUAGACGAUAUCUUAAAAGUUUCCACUAAGUGUGUGGAGAAAGUACUGUAUGUUCACUUUGACACAGGUCAUUUCCAGAAUGCAGGCAAGAAUAAGAACAAGUGCACAUUGUUGCCAAAUACUAAAGAACUCAGAAAAACAGUUGCUUUCUUUUAUGGGCGAGCAAACCAACUUAAGGACCUGCUGGAUGUUCGAAUUCUACUUUCUGAUGCAAAGUCACGACAGAGUGUGAUCUCACUCCAACACCAAUGUGACAUAGUACUCACCGACUAUCCGGGGUACAGUGAUGCCAGUUUUUCUGAAUAUGUCAAGAAUAGAUUUAACAAAGGAAUAGAUGUGAAAAUUUCCCAUCUAGGAAAUGUGGAAGCCAACAACAGUGAUCCACCUUCAUAUAUGGAUACUGAUAAUUCACAUAGCAUUGCUGCAUCCACGAGUACUGCAUUAGAGGAAGUCAGUGAAGAAAUCUAUGACCAUACUGUGAUGGGUGGAACAUUUGACAGACUUCAUGCUGGGCAUAAAAUAUUACUGAAUGAAGCGUGUUUACGUACCAGAAAAAGGCUCACUAUCGGUGUCACCGUUCGACAGAUGAUUGCAAAAAAGGAGCUUCAUGAACUAAUAGAGCCAAUUGAAGUACGCAUGGAAAAGUUGUUGGCUUUUCUUAAUGAUGUGGAUCCUACACUCGAGUAUAACUUGGAACCAAUAAUUGAUCCAUUUGGGCCAUCUAUUGUCCUGCCGGAACUGCAAUGCAUCGUUACGAGUGAUGAAACGAAAAGAGGCGGUGAGAAGGUCAAUGAAGUUCGUCAGUCAAAGGGGCUUUCAGUUCUUGCAUUGCACACAGUUUGUAUACUGGAUGAAACUUGUCAGAAUGAAAUAGGAGAGGAUAAAAUCAGCUCUUCUAACACAAGAAAACGCUUACUUGGCACAUUGCUCAAAGUUCCCCAAAACAAUGCUGUAAUUCAAAGUCACCCCUAUGUGAUAGGUCUUACUGGAGGUAUCGCCAGUGGCAAAUCAAAAAUAUGCCAGAGGCUAAAUAAAUUGGGGGCAGCUAUCAUAAGUUGUGAUGAGCUGGGUCAUGAGGUAUAUGUGAAAGGUCAGCCUGUUUACUACAAGAUUAUCGAAGAGUUUGGAACCAAUAUUCUAACAGAGGAAGGGCUUAUUAACAGGAAGUCUUUGGGAGCUACAGUUUUUGCUGACAGCGAAAAGCUUCAUAAGCUUAAUUCAAUAGUAUGGCCAGCUCUAGCACACAUGAUUAAAGAGAAGAUUGGACAGUUAAGAGAGCAAGGCAGUAGAGUGGUAGCUAUCGAUGCUGCAGUAUUACUUGAGGCUGGCUGGAACAAAUUUGUGCAUGAAGUAUGGUUAGCCAUAAUACCAAGGAGUGAAGCUAUUAGUAGAGUAAGGCAGAGAGAUAACUUGGAUGAAGCUGCUGCAAUACAGCGAAUAGAUGCACAAAUGACAAGUGAGGAACGUUUAGCUAAAGCCAAUGUUGUCAUCUGCUCUUUAUGGGCAAACGAGGUAACAGAUAAACAAGUAAAAAGGGCUUGGUCAAACCUUCUUGUGAGAUUGGGUGAUGGUUCCAAAAUCUGAAAAUUUUACAUUUCACUAGGUAUUUAAGGGUGUGAUUACCCACAAACUUAAUUUUCUAGAUCCUUAGUAAUAGAAACAACAGGUUACUAAAACUUGUUUUAGACUAGUACCAGUGAAGUUGGGCUGGAAAGUAGCAAAAACUGUGUUUUACAGGAAAAUCUGCAACCAAAGCAACUGAGAGGAUUUAGAUUUAAAUUUAAAUGCAACCAUAAACACCAUGGACUAGAUUGAACCAUAGUGACAUUUAGUUGUGAAUUAUUAAAACACAUGUUUGAUGUAUUUGAGUGCCCAAGUGCAAGGUAUAAAUUAGAAAAAAGCAAGGAAUAAAUGAAAUAAGUUAUGCCUUUACUAUAACAGAGCAAGGCAUAGUAGAAUUUCCAAGUGUUGGCUGAUAGGAAGAAAGAGUAGUUUUAUUUAGUAGAUUAUAUAUAACAAAAUGCCUGUCCAAUUUGGGAAUAAACUGUGAUCUACCAUACCAUAUAAAAGAAAGAAAAAGUAGUCAAAGUGAAAAAAAGAAAGAAAGGUGAAUAGUUCCAAUAACGUAUGUUGGAUAUGGCAGGAAAACUGUGCAUAUUAUCUCAUAUCAAAACUAGAUAACUACAUGAAUGGUUAGCUAUUUUCCUAAUAUCUCUAUAGACUUGUCAAAAGUAAUUAGAUGGAUUGGCAGGAGACCUGGUAACUAUCCGUUGAUCAGUGAAGCCUACUACAGCAAUGUAUAGAGAAUAGCAUUAACUCUGUGUAUGCCAAUCUAAGUUGAGAUUUUCAUUAUGUAGUAACGUCUUAAAAAAGGAUGCUGAUUAGCUCAGUUUUGGCAUAUUAAAGCUUAGUGCUUGCUGUAUAAAACUAUGUUUAUAAACGUGCUCAUUCAAUAUGUUUAAGCAUGCUCAUUUUUAUAUGCACACGGCCAAAGCACGAAAUGUUAUCACGUUAGUAUGUAGUAAGGGUAGCAGUGAUUAAAGACAGCACCUAGGCUUUUAUGCUAAACGAUUUUAAACAAUUUUCUGUUUAUACAUUUUAAGACCCCAGUCUAAAAUUAAUUAUUAUACAUUCAGAGCAAAUUGAAAGAGCUUUAUAAUGAUUUUUUAUUAUUAAUUUCGUUGUUUACAUCUAUUAAACAGUAAUGUUGGUAUGCUGUCCAUGACACGUUUUUUUCCCACAAGUUGGCUGGGUAAGCCUACUGCAUCUAAACCUGAAAUAUUCAGUUCACUCAUAGUAGUAAAUUGGUAUCGUUCUUAGUAUUACUUUUCACAACCACAUGACGAUCACAUCACUACUGAUCACAUCUAAUAUGUCACAUCAUAUCUGUACAAAUGAAAAACAAUUUCCCCAUUCAUUGUUGCUAUGUAUUCACAAUUACAUUUUCACUGAGAUGACUGCUAGCUAAGUCCUCAUGAAAUUCCUCUAACUGUGGCUACAGUGAUGAGGACACCAGCUGAUAUUCACUGAUAUAAGCACAUUAAAAUAUUACAUCUUCUGAUCAUUUACAGUAAUAUGUAUAUUAAUGUGUACAAGACUAUUUUGAAAUAGAGUAACAACAGUACCAGCAUAGUGACAAUAUGGUAUAUACUUGCGCUCUAAUCUCACAUUCAUACCCUGCCUACUAGGACUUAUUACAAUAGACGACAAUAAUUAGUAUAUACAAUCUAAUUUGCGUGGGCAUGGUCGGAUAAAAUGUUUUCUGCCACAUAUUCAAACUGCACAUAAAAUUCCACUCACAGUGCCAGAAUAAUACACCCACGGGUACCGAACAGAAACUGAUCUGCCACAAUCUAUGCUUGCUUUCAAAAUACAAUAAAAUUGUUUAAAUGAGUAGCUAGUUCAUUAAAAGAAGUUUAUAUACACGUUCUCAUUUUAUGUCGCGUCCAAACAUAA